ACACACACACACACACACACACACACACAGUCAGUAUUCGAGUGAACGCCUAUAUGAUGGCCGGAAGCCUCCAUUUCCUCCUCCUGUCACUCUGUGUUUUGUUGGAACCUGUGACAGAAAUCGGUGGUUUGCUUCUGAAACCAGUUCUGUCUGGACCCAGUGAGGCCUAUGUGAGAUCUGAAGUCCAGUUUGACUGUGCAGUUCCAGGCUGGUCUUCACCCCUGACCUUUGAACUCCGGAAGGAUGCAGGGGACCUUAUUGCAGCAGAAAACAACGUCAAAGUCACCUUCACCCUACAGGUCACCGAGGGGUCAGAGGGCGAGUACUACUGCAGACUGACCGCCGGAGGUCAAACCAGCAACUCGAUCCACUUCCAAGCAGUGAUUCCUGUCAUAGGAGCCCAAUUGAGCUCAGAUCCCGAUCCAGCGAUCAUCUAUGAAGGACAGAAGCUUGUCCUGCGCUGUCUCGUCAGGAAGGGGACGCAUCUGUCCUUCACAUGGUACCACAACACACAGGAAUUGGACUCCUCUUCAGAGCUCCAGCGGCUCUCUGGAGACGCUCUCACAGUGGACGGGGCGAGUGAAAUGCAUUCUGGGAUAUACUCAUGCACAGCUCAAAACCAGAUGACUGUCAACCCCAGAUACUCCAGCAGCCGAAACCUCCACGUCACUGUCAAAAGUAACAAAUUUAACAACUCUCACUUCUGCAUUUCAAAGACACUUUUAUCAUCCAAUCAAGUCUUGUGCAUUUGUUUUUGUUGAACAUCCUGCAGUGUAUGAAUAACCCUAUAAUAAUUUUGUUAUGUGCUUUUGAUAUUUUUUCUAGAUUUGUUUUAAUUAUUUCUAUUUAGGUUUAAUUAAUUUCUCAGUUUUAGUUUUUAUUUAUUUCCAGUUAGCAAUUUUAGCUUUUUUGCUUCAACCUAAACUUAUCUCAGUUGGUUGCCGGGGCAACAUUUCAAAUUUUUGUUUUUCAUCUAAUAUUUAUAUUUUCAUUUUUAGCUUCUUUUUUUUUAUAUGUGCUUUUGUCAUUUUUUAGACUUGAGUUUAUUUCACUUUUAAUUUUUAUUUAU